UCACCACUUUUAGAAUCAGUUAAAUCUUUGACGAUGUAUUUCUCAGUAUUUGAUAAAAACAAUGGGUUUGUAUAGUUGUUUCCGUAGGAACAUUAAAGUUUCAGUAUCGAUAAUAGUAAUUAUAAUAAGUGUUUUGUGUUAUAAAAAAUAUGAAGAGCUACAAAAUUUUACCACUGAACCGAGAGGUCAUCGAUUGGUGUUCUCACAAGAACAGCUGAACCAGUAUGAUGGACAUGUCCAAGACAAGCUUUAUAUGGCUGUGCUUGGACAAGUUUUUGAUGUGACAGAUGGUAGACAACAUUAUGAACGAGGCUCCUCUUACCACUAUUUCAUUGGUAAAGAUGGAUCAAGAGCACUUGUUACUGGGAAUUUUAAUGAUGAAAGCUCUAUGAAAGAUCAUGUAUUAGAUUUGUCUUGUAAUGACUUAUCUACAUUAUUAAAUUGGCGGAAAACUUAUAGAAAAAAGUAUAAGUUUGUAGGAUUUUUAAUUGGAAGAUACUAUGAUGAACAUGGUACAGAAACAAAUUACUUUAAACAAUUCAAAAGCAAGUUAAAAGAAUGUGAGACAGAAAAAAUUAAUCAGGAGAAAGAUAAUCUCAAGUACCCUCCGUGCAACAUUGCUUGGAAUGAAGAAGAGGGUUCACGUGUGUGGUGCACUAAAACAAGUGGUGGUAUUGCACGCAACUGGGUGGGUGUACCAAGGCAACUCUUUACACCUGGCGAAGAGAAACCACGUUGUGUGUGUGUGAACUACGACAUGGACAGUGAUAGUACAAAUUUAUUGAAGAAGUAUGCUGAUUGUCCUGAUACCUCAACAAUGUGCAAAAUAUUUAAUACCUAAACAUUCCAUUUUAAUGUUCUCAUAUAUUUGUAAAAAAAAAUGUCUAAAAACUUCUGUAAGUAACUUAGUAUUUAUUGUAUAAUUUUUUACAAAAGUAAGUUUAAAA